CGGAGGAGGCGGGAGGCACGCGCGAGCUGUCCGAGUGUGGAGCACGGUGCGCUGGUGAGAACGGUGUGCUCUGCUGCUGAGUGGCGAGCCGCCGGUGAGCGUCCCGCGAGCUGGCACGGACGGCGGCGUGGAGACAAACUGCGGCUCCCGUUGAUUGCACGCGCAGGAGGUGGUGCGCCGGUGUUGCGCGAGAGCACGAGCGCGCAGUUGGAAGACGAGCGGCGGGGACGGGGCGCGAGCCCGUGGCGCCAGACAGGUGGUGUCGUUGCUGAGGGCCUGCAGUCUGUACAGCUGUGGUGCGGAGAACACGAAAGGCCCACGCGGGUCCGUGAGCUCGCGGCUGCGUGGAGCGAGCUUCUUCAGAGCGCGUCAACACCGGCAUCUCAUCUCGUGUGUCACCACACGGAACGAUGUGGCGGUGGUGCACUGUGCUGGUGCACCUGUGCCUGCUGCACGACUUCAGCGACGCGCUACAGUCGUUUGUGCGCGAGCCCUCCGACCAGUACGUCAGGGAGGGCCAGACGGUGGUGCUCCCGUGCCAGGUGUCGGAGCCAGUCGGCCAGGUACAGUGGACCCGCGACGAGUUCGGCCUGGGCGUCAUACGCGACCUACCCAGCUACCCGCGCUACCAGAUGAUCGGCGAUGACCACGAGGGCAUCUACUCGCUGGAGGUGCAGCGCGCCACGCUGGAGGACGACGCCGUGUUCCAGUGUCAGGUCGGCUCGGCCGCCGGUCAGCAGGGCAUCAGGUCCCGUGACGCGCGCCUGACGAUCCUGGUGCCGCCGGAGCCGCCGCGGGUGAUCCAGGGGGACCGGGUGACGACCGCGGCCGGCCCUGGAGGUCCGGCCUCCAUCGGCGCUGAUGCCGACGGCAAGCGGAGUGUGGUGCGCUCCACCCUGGUGCUGACGGCGGCGCCGGCCCACCACGACACGACCGUCACCUGUCGGGCGCACAACGCGGCGCUCACUCGGCCGCAGACGGCCGCCGUCCGGCUGCAGGUCACGUUCCCGCCGGAGGUCAGCGUCAGCGCCGACCGGGCGCGCGCCGCCGAGUUUGAUGACGUCACCCUCCACUGCCGCGCCACGGCCAACCCCGGCCAGGUUCGGUAUCGCUGGUUCGUGAACGGCGAGCCGCUGCCAGGCCAGACCGACAGCUCCACGACGCUGCGCGCCGUCGGCCGUCACCUGGACAACGCCUCCGUGCUCUGUCAGGUCACCAACGCCGCCGGCACGGGCAGCGACGCCACCCAGAUAAACGUGCUCUACGCGCCGCGCUUCCGCACCGAGCCGCGGGACGUGGCCGCGGCCGUGGGCCAGGAGGCGACCCUGCUCUGCGACGUGGACGCCAACCCGGCGCCCGAGGUCAGCUGGGUCAGGCGCGAGUGCGACGCCUGUCCGGAGCCGGUGGGCACCGGCCGCCGCCUGACGCUGGUCGCCUCCGCCGACACGGUUGGCCUCUACGAAUGUCGCACCUCGGGCGAGCACCACCCGGCCGUGUCGCGCCAGAUUCGCCUCUUCGUGCGCGCGCCGCCGCGCGUCACGGCGCCGCCGACCCAGCGCGGCACUGCCGGCCAGCUGGUGCACCUGGAGUGCAGCGUGGCGAGCGUGCCACCACCCACGGCCGUCACCUGGCUCUUCAACAACCAGCCCGUGCCGCUCGACGCCGGCCACUGCGCCGUGGUGGAGGAGGUCGUCGUGGGCGGCAUCCGCAGCUUGCUCGUGAUCCCCGACGCCCGUGAGGAGGACUUUGGCCUGUACAACUGCUCCGUCACCAACACCUACGGCACGGACUCGGCGCUCGUCAUCCUGGAGAAGCAGCGAGAGCUUCCGCUGCUCGUCAUCCUGACCAUCGUGAUUGGGGGCAUCAUCGUCAUCACCACCAUCAUCCUGGUGAUCAUCAUGUGCCAGCGUCAUCGCCGCCGUGCUAAGGACGUGCCGACAGAGCCAGUGGUGUUUGACAAGACGGUCAAGCCAACGGCGGACGCCAAUUCAUCGGGCUCCGACCUCAAGGUCGAGAUCCGCACGUCGUCGUCGGGAUCGGGUCAAGUAAUCACGGACCGCUGGGACGGCGCCCACUACCCCGGCCACCGCGCCCUCUACGAGCAGCACAGCGACGAGCGUGCCUUCCCGCCCUUCGACAAGGAGGCGAUGCCGCAGAACGGCACGGGAAUGUACCCUCCCUACGACCAGAAUGGCUACCUGCACAAGCCGGGCGGCCAGCAGCGCAUGCUGCACGCGAGCACGCCAAUUGAGUUCGGCGCCCGCCCUCCGGCUGACAGCCCGUCGCACAGCCAGCACUACUACGGGCCCACGAGAGCCCUGGGGCGGGGCCGGGCGCACGUGGACCGGUACGCAGACCCACCGCGACCCUCCUACGCCCAGGACGUGCAGAUGAAACCGGGGACCAUGGCGACGCCCGUGUGA